AUGCUGAAAGUCCUGAAACCCCUGACGAGUGACCUCCGUCAGGAGCGGAAGCCCCGAGCGGUGCGUCCGGCGGGCCGCCUUUGCACAGAGCUCCACCGCCACCUCACCACCGCCAAGCGCUCGGAGGACACCCCGGCCCCAGACACAGAGGAGGACGAAGAGGACGAGGACAGUGAGUCGGAGGAGGAGGAUGAGGAGGAGGAGGAAGGGGAGCAAGAAGAGGAGGAGUCUUCCAGCAGCGAGGUGGAGGGCGCCGCAGCAGUGGCGGCUAUCCCCACUGUCCCCACUGAGCCAGCGAAGCCUCAGUUCAGCUCUGAGAAAGAGCUGCGCUCAGUGGUGGAGCUGAUCACGUACAUGCACACCUACUGCCUGCCCACACGCAAGCAGCAGGGCUGGGAGCGUAAGGACCGUGACGUCCUGAGACCUCGGGCCAGACCCGAGGCCUCCCGCCUGGCUGCCACAAACUCUCACAGCAGAGUUGUCUUGGUGGCUGCUCCUGGGACUAGUGGGGGCUUAGCUGGGACAGGCAUCAGUGCCCCCAGGAGGGUCCCCUUUGCAAAGCGAAGGGAGAUGAAGGCCAACUCCCUUCUCCGUGAGCUCCUGCAGCAGAGCAGCUCUUUCGAUGUGAGCAAGCCUUACAGACUGCACAGCCCGCCCUACUCCCACAGCCCCAACAGAGUAUCUGCUCCUUCUGCCCUGGCUAAAUCAGCCUCAACCUCCUCCCCCAGCUCCACCACCUCUAAGCUAGAGCUUCGUAAAGACUCUUCCUCCCAUGAGAGGAGGAGCUACUCCUAUGAGGCGCCUCAAAGCCCAGAGGAGACAGCAGAGGACGGCGGCUCCUUCUCGGUUCGGCGCUCCCGGCGCCUGGCCUCCUUCCCCAGCCGCUUCGCCAAGAGACUGCGGCCUGGACGAGAUAGGGAAGGAACAGAGAAGGACAGGGAGGAGAGGGGGGAGGGACGAGCAGGGGUCAAACUCCUGCCAACCCAAGCAGGAGGGGGGACAACAACGGGGACGAUGCCAGAGCAGCUAACGUUGGGUGACGGCAGCGCCGGUACAAUGGAGCCGACCAAACCCUGCUGCAACAACGAAAAGCGAGCCUGCCUCUGUCUGCCUCUCAACCCCAAGUCCACAGGAGAGUCCCAGUACGGCACCAAGCCUUUUGAGCAGACGCUCGGUGUGGAUCUGUGUGGAACGGCAGGUCUCACCCCUCCCACCACCCCGCCUCACAAACCAGUGGAGGAUGAGCUCUUCAAACCAGCAGAGGGAGGAAAGGGAGGUGAAGGAACAGGCGGUGGCAGCGGUGUUGGUGGUGGCGUUGCCACGAAGGGCUCAUCCUGGCCGAGCCGUGCCCACCACCAGCGUAAGCUUCCAGAGCAGAAAGAGCUGUAUGCCCAACUGCGGCGCAUGGGCCAGGCUGGUGACAGGGACACCUACCGCACCUUUGGCGACCACGACUACUGUGCGCUGAGCCUCGGGGAGAGCCGCAAGCGUAGCGCUGCCAUGCUCGGUGCCAUUUUAGAGGCGCAAGGAGGGAGCAAUGGAGUUAGCACCAUAGCACCCAAAGCAGCAGACGAUCAGGUAACGGAUGGAAAUGAAGAGGAGAACAGGGAAAAGCUGAUGGUGUCACAAAUCGCAGAACUGCUUGAGCAGCAGACAACGACAGUGGUGAUAUCAUCAUCGCCGCCGUCACACUGCCUGUUGGCAUCUGCCACACCACCCGUCUCAGAGGAAGAGGCUGAGCGCUCGUCUGCCUCUCGCUCACCCUCACCCAUCCUCCACCUGUGUCCCGACUCCCCCUCCAGCAAGACAGACUCCAGUGAGAACUCUGUGAACUGUCCCGACGACAAGCAGAGGAACAAAGCCAAGUCUGACGAGGACAACUGCCAGGUGUUUUACAUCCACAACCUGCCAACCAGCGUGACCCAGAACAUGCUGAGGAAACGCUUCCAGGUGUUCGGCAAACCUGAAGACUGCAAAGUCAUCAUCUGCAACGAGGAGCGCUGCGGGGUGAUAAAGAUCCGCCAGACGGGGGUUCAAAAGCACUGGAGAGAACGUGAGACUGUUUUCCAGAAUGGACCUGCGGGUCUAAGGCGGCUGACAAGGAAACGCUACAUAGAUCUCGAUGAGGCAGGCCCAGGCCCCGUCAAGAGCAAGUACGAUGCACUGGACUUUGACACUCUGCUGAAGGAGGCCCAGAAGUCCCUGCACCGCUGACAGCGUGGCACCCCUUACUGGCCAGCCUUAGCAAACUGCAGCAACACCCCUCGGACUACACGGCUCUGCCCUCAGACAGGCCACUUAGUACCUCCAUGCAAGGCAACCUCGCAAAAUGUUUACAUUUUUACCAUUGGAAUAAAGUAACGUUAAGGACCUCGCUGUUUUUUUUUUUAAGUUUCUUUCACCGGAGGAUAUUGCUUAAAAACGAGGAAGACAAUGGAGGAAAUGGGACUUUUAACAGCAAUGGUACAACAAAUAAACGAUGAUGAUACAUUUCUCUGCUGAACAACAAUAACAAAGCCGUCUGUGUUGGUGACAUCAUCGCCCGCCUUGGAAGAGCGGGCGUGAGAGACCUCUGUAGCAAAUCCUUGCUAUUCCUGCGUUGCGUUGGUCGUCGUGGUGUGUGUGUUUCUGCGUGUGCGUGUUCUUUGUUCUGUUUGUUUUGUAAAAAAAAAGAAAAACACCCCCCACUUUCCGGUUACGGGUGGUGAACCAGCAAGCUGUGUUCGCCAUGAAGUUGUGCGGUUGUUAACCAGAACAAAAAAAUAACCCUGCUUUGUUUUAGCGAAAAAUUGUGGAUGUUAUAAAUUCUAAAAUCUAUUGUGUGUGUGUGUGUGUGUGUUAUGGACAAAGAAUAUAUAAAAAAACAUUUAACGUAAUCGUUUGAUGACUGAUAAAGUUUACAAAUCUAAAAUGAAGAAAAGAAAUCAUGUUUUUUUCUUUUUUGUAAUUGUAGUGCUUCCUGGAUUUGAUCUAUGCACUGUACGGAGGGAAGUGUCUCCGCUGUCCUCCACUUCCCCCCCCCCUUUGGACUCGUAUGUCUCUGCCAUUCUACCUACUUUGGUUUCUGUUACUGGCUGCUGCAGGUUCUGUUUGGUAGGCGUUGUGUACAUUAAGACCCCGACUACAUCCUGGGAAAGCUUUUACCUCAGAAUUGUUUCCAACACACGCAAACUUCAGCAUUUAUUGGAAAGAUGCUUAUCCUGAAAAUAUAUCGACUUUAUUUAGUCUGCGUUGAAGCAAAGCCCGGGGGCCUACAGUUAGGGUUGUAACAGGAGUUAUAGUGCGUCAGAAGUGUUUCAACAUGCUUCAUCGGUUGAUUUCAGGUAACAUUCUUUCCACAUGUACAGGGGUCUUGAUGUAUCGUUGGUAGGGUCCCACUGAACAUGUGUUUAGGCUGCAGCCUAAUGACACACGGCCAAUGCAACACUUACGGUUUACAUUUGGACUUCAGCAAGCAGGACGAAAAUGGGGAAAUAAAGAUGGUAGCCAUAGACGCUUUUGUACCAUACUUCGUUCAUUCAUUCGGUGUGAAUUCAUCUCGUCCGCACUUUGUCCAGAUCAUCCCAGUGACCCCCGGUCCACGUUACGUAAAGUCCUUCAGUCAUUACAGGGCGAAGGACUAUAAAUGGAAUCUAAAUUCUAUUUUGAUUGUUCAGGAAUAUUUUCUUUUUCCUGGUGACAUUAGUGCUUCACAUUUCAAAGGGGACCAAUGUGCUCCCCAGAACCCACCCAUGGAACAUUGCCAUUGCCAGAAGUAGACAAAUCUGUUGGAAUGUAUUCAAGAAUCUGAAUGUAAUCGUCGAGUUUUCCCCGUUUCUGCUUGCCCAAAGAUUGUGGAGUUUGUUUGGUGAUUACGGUUAGACCUGCUGAGGCGUCCGGUUGACUGCAUUCGCCAAAUUAUAACUUAAAGCACAGUCCAGGUAGCAACCACUUUACAUUCCUGACGCAGCCAGUAGCAGUGAAACGGGGAGGGGGGGGGGAGCUUCCAUACCUGCCAAUGCGGUGGCACAAAACCUACACAGCCAGGGAACAAGCGAGGGAUGGGCUUGAAAGAACAGAACAGUAGACAGAACAUCCGGGAGGUACUGUAUCAGCUGAGCAUCUCUACCUCACAUCCAUCCAUCCCUCCUCCCUCGUUCUUCUGGAUGCUCUCCCCCAUUCUCUUUUAUAAGUCUGUUUAGUUUUUUUGUCAGAAGUGUUCUCUGUUCCCCCAACUGAUGGGCGGUUAUGGGUAGUUUGGGGGUUUGUGUUUGACUUUUUAUACUCUGACUCCUCCCACCACUGAGUCCCUUGUGAGGGGAAAGAUCUCUCUUUAACCUUUUCCUGCGCUUGCCUCAUAACGGUUUUUAGCGUGUCCGUUUCUUGGAGUCUCGACCGUGUGUCCGUGUGUAACUGAGUGUUUUGUCUUUGUCUCGUGUUUGAGUCGGACACUGCUGGCGCUUGCAGGUCGGUGAGGAGGGGUCGAGCGGUGGGGAUUGGUGGUUGGUUGGUCCUUGAGUGCGCUUGGAGGGGAAGAUUCUCCUCAUUUUCUUCAGGGACACGCCAUUCCUCCCAAUUCCCCUGUUCCUCCUCUCCUGGCUAAGGAAUUUCAAUAAAUCGCAGCCCGACUCUCUAACUUUAACUAUCGCUUUCCGUCUCUUGUGGGUUCAAGGCCUUGUUUCCAGGUCUUCCCUGGUGAACUCCCGCUUUUUAACAGAUAAUCCCUUCUUCCCCAUCCUCUUCCUUUCUCUAGCUAAUCAACUCCUUGGUAACACACACAAAAAAUUGAAUGUUUACAUCACUCGAUUCUCCUUUGACUUUAUUAGGAACGCACACUUAGUACAAAGGCGCCUUAUUCAGUGUUUAAAAAAGAAAGAAAAAGUUAACAGCAAGUGAAGUGGCCCCGAGGCCUAGCGUUACCUUCUCAAGGCUCACUGAUGUCCAAAACUAACAAAAACAAUUUAGUGCUAUACAUACUGAUUGAGAAAUGUGUCAACAUUUAAAAAAGGAAAAAAAAAAGGAAAACUAAUCGCAAACAACUGAAUGAGUAUUUGUGCUUAGUAUGUAUACUACUAAAAGUGAGAGAAUGUGCUGGUUUACAUAUAAAAAAGAAAAUAUAUGAAUAUAAAAUGUGUAUAUAGCACUAUGCCUCAUUGUAAACAUAAAUUGUAUUGUGUGUUAUUUUUUUUAAAGUGGUCAUAGUUGAUUGCUAAUCAGACGUGAGAUGGUUCAUGUCUGAAUGAAGGGAAACGAUGCAGUCGACAUCACUUCACACAAAGUCCAACACUGUUGUAAAAGAAAGACAAAAAAGAUAUCCCUUUAGACUAUCACACUCGAAGGUUAUAUUUCUUUGCCGUUUAUGAAAUAUUUUUUAACGUUUUUUUAAUGUUUUCUUAAAAAGCAAUUUGAAAUGCAAUACAUAAUAAUCUUAUCUUUAAGACAGCCUUUCUGAAAACUGAGGUAAUAAUAUGUCGUGUACGGUUGGUUGUUGAACUACAACACGGGCACUCUGCAGAUUCAAUAGACUACUGUACUGUAUGUAGACUACUGUUAAACACAAACAUCAUAAAGAUAAGGGAAGAUUGGGGGUAGAUGCGUCGUAAACACGUAACACGUAUACAGAACAAAUCUUACAAAUAUACUCUUGCACAAAUAACGUCCCAAGUAGUGAAAUAUCUUCACGCGUGUUUCUUCUUGUUGAAAGGAAGCCAUUGUAACUGUGUUAUUGCCACCUUUUGAUGGUGCACAGGUUUGUUCAAGUCUUCGUUGAACACUUACUCGUAUUACAGUAAAAGCCAAUAACUAUACAUGUAUGACUGGUAAGGGAAUGUGGGAGGGAGGAAAAGGAGAACAAAGCAAGUCGCUUGACCCGGUUCAAGUUUCACACUAGUUGAGGUAGACACUGUAGAAAUCCCAGUUUCAUCCCAAAAGGAAGCGUCUGGACCAAAACAACUCGCAGACGCUCGAGUUGACAGAAUGGUAUUAUGGUCCAGCUCGCUGCGAGGCUUCACAGUUGUGUGUUUGCAAGGUGUGCAAAGCAGGAGGGCUGCUGAGUAAAGCGUGAAGGCAGCCUGAGUCCACAGACGCUUUAAUGCCGCGUGGACACAAAACGCAGCUUUAGCUUGAAGUAGGUUGCAGGGUGGAAGUCACAGGGAGGGGGAUUCACGGGCUCUCCCUGGUGACCAACAUGUUACCAUCAAAGGCUUUUGGUUAGCAAAUCCUAACUGUUAGCUAACCUUUACACACAACAAGCUAGCUCUUGCUCGGCCUGUUGCUCUAUCAUCUUGGUGGAGGGCGAGCGUAGUUUCUGUUUCUGCGAGGGACUCGCGUGUGAUGGGAUUCUACAGUGUCGCCGUGCCUGCGAGGGGGCCUCGGUUUUUCUAGAAGGGAAUGACGUUGAAACACCCCCAUCUUUCAUCAUGGCAAGCCUUAAAAUCAAUCGGGGGGGAAACAAAGCUACCACUAGCUUUUAUUAUUGCUGUUUCAACUCCCUUCCAAUCCAAUGUGGUUUAUCAUUAAAUAAUUACUGACGUAAUUAAAACUUGUUUUCAAUAGCCAUAUUAUAAAAAGGUAUAUACAUAUAUAUGAAUAUAUAUUUGUGUGUUUGUGUAGAUAUCUAGAUGAUUAUAUACUUUCUUAUAGAAAACUUUGAUGUUGACCAUUCUCCUCGGUGUUUUGAGAACACGUUGACACGUUUCAACAUCAUACCGCUGUCCGCUCGGUCUAGGUCCUAGGUCCAUCGACAGCAGAUCCAAAAACAAAUGACAAAAAAAUGACAAAAAAACAAAACGUCCUUCCAAAGGGAAUCACCCUCGUCAGAAUGCAAUACCUUUCUGUUCGUUCUGCGUUUCAGGAAAAAUGGAAAAUGGCAAGAAAACCAUAAAACCUGAUCGGCAAGUUGACCAAAAAAUCUAACUUUACACAACGACAGAGCGUGGCUCGUGACGGCGCGUGAGAAAUGUGACGUUUUUGAUAGCCAUGUCGGAUUCAGUUUUAUAGAUGUCAUGUUUCCAAUGCCAUGGGCCACUAAAAACACUUGUUUUUGUUUUUAUGUCACUUACUGUUUUAUUUUCGGGAAAAACAAUGUAUCUGUCAGCUAGCUUACGCCAUCAAAUCAGCCCCUACAGGACAGGAGCGCUCGCAAUACCGGCCUCAGACUCCACCUUCAUGUUUGAUCUGCAAUGGCUGUGUCACAUUUCAACAGCUGUCCGAUACACAGACACUGAUGGGUCACCUGUCAAACAGGGACGUCAAACAGGCACUUAGUAGGGACUGCAAAGUGUCGACAUCUGCUACACGUGUGUUUAUGGUGGAAGAAAUGACAUAAAGGGCAUACAUUGUGUUUGUACCAUUGAUUUUAUUGUCUAUUUACAUCUAAUGACUAUCAAAUUCACAUAAAUGAUUUGUUUUCUUUUUUAACUUAGUUUUUGGUAAAACAAAAAAGGUAAAUACUGCUAGCGAGAUUUUAUAUUUUUACAUAUGUUGGUUUUAUUUUGCGUUUCUUUUUUUAUUUAUACGCCACUUAGUUUGGAUGUCUUUAAAUGGUGGUGUUUUUUUCCGUUUUGUGUGAUUUCAUGUCUUGAGAAUGUGGAGACAAAGGCAUUUCAGUAUUUUUGAAUUGUUAAAAUCUAGUUUCAUAGAAGCGGAAGUAUCUGAUGUUAUAAAUUAUAUUUUAAUUCAUGUAAAUAGUUUAAAACAGAAGACUAUGGCUUCCUUUUAAACUGAAUACAUUUCUCUUCAGAGAUUGUUUACAUUAUGAAACUGUAGAGAUGUGCUCCUCAUAUACUGUAUAAAGUACAUAUAUUCAUUGAUUUGCCUCCAAAAAAUAAAAUCCUAAUGAACAGCA